AUGUCUGCAGCAGCAGCUGAGAAAAAGCUAAUUUUUAGCAUUGAUGUCGGCACCACUGAGACCCGGAUAAUGCACACCCAAUUGAAUCCCCAACGAAUGUUGAGGCCUCUGAUCAGUUCAUUCACCAUCGACCAAACAACUGCUUUCCCUACCACUAUUGGGUAUGAGAACGACUGGAAUCGGAACGUUGUCUGGGGUCCAAAGACCGGGGCCAGCGGGUAUACUGUUUAUCCUUGGCUCAAACUUCACCUUUACAGCCCCAAUCAUCCCAUUCUACAAGAGCUCAGCCGGUCCAACAUCCCAACCCUACCAAACCGGAUAACGCCCGAGAAUGCGCUUUCAGAUUUUCUCAAGCCACUUUACCAGGCCAUCCAGGAAUGGAUCAAUGACAAAUGGGGAAAGUCUCCUAAACCACCAGCCGAAUUCUAUUUCGCGCGGCCGGCAUGCUGGACAGAUGAAAGCCAACAGAAAAUGGCCCAAGCUGUUAGAAAUGCAGGUUUUGGGGGAAAUGCUCCUGACAAAGUGUUUUUCGUGGACGAGGCCGAAGCGGUCGCCUUGUACUUUGCAGAUCGCCAGGGCUACGAAAUGCCGGAAGAUGGCCGUAUUUUGAUUUGUGACAUAGGUGGGGGAACAACAGACGUCGACGCAUUCGAGAUCCGGGGCACGGGCGCGAAUCCUCUCUAUGUGUCACUCAAAUGCUCUUCGGGUGCUGACUCAGGGGGUGCAGCUAUGGAUGCUGCGAUUGCCAAACGCUUAGAAACCCAACUUGCUCGUAAGUUGGGAGUGUCAAAACCGCUCACAAAAGCUCAGUUGGAGUACAUUAGCCUUGUAAAGUAUGACUUCGAAGGCAAAGGGAACAUCCCGGUCGUUCUUGACGAGGAAAGCGGCAUCGUCAUCUCUCAGGCGGAGUUCAAAGAAUGCCUCCAAGACAUAAUCGACGGUAUAAUCCGUCUCAUUUAUCAGCACCUGGACGCAUCAAACAAGAUUCAAAAGCUCAUUUCCGUUAGUUUCCUCUCGUCCAAGCCUUUUCUGCCUUGCGCUGACAGAUCUCUCAACCAGUACGUUUUCCUAGUCGGGGGUCCCAGUCGCAUGCCUUAUCUACGGAACCAAAUCGAGCAAGGUAUACCGGACACAACACAGCUGAUGGCCCUCAAGGAUGUGGAGGACUACUCCACAAUAGUGGCCCGCGGGGCUGUCCUUCGGGGUCUUCGUGGAAAAGUAGCCGUGCGCCUGGAAGCUACUUUCAGUGUCGGGAUAGCACUUUCGCAUCAAGCGGAAAUAGAGCAGCACGGUUGGAGGCAGCAGAUAACGAGGAUGGAAAGGAGAUCUCCAGAAUGGAUCAUCCGUACCGGCGAAAUAAUUCAGACACCUCACACCGGCAAUCGUAGCUUAUUUGGGUACCUCAACCUGAACGCGAUGAGGGCGGCUUAUAUUAGCGUUUGGACGGAAACGGAUGACAAUAAGGCUGAAGAAAAUUGGGUCAUUCCUUUCAGACUUACUGGGGAGAAUUCUGAGCACGAUAUCACAAUUGGUAAUGAACAUCGCGUCAGUGUAGAUGUGCAAUGGAUAGAUAGAUAG